GCGCCCGGAGCGUUCUCCCCAGCCGGUCCCCGCCGCAGCCCGCUCGCUGCCUCCUCUCCCGGGCGUCUGACUUCUUUUGUGCUCUGUUUUCUGCCCCACGCCUCCUCUGCAGGACCUGUUUGUUCUUCGGGCUAUAAGAAGGCAGAUGAUGAGAUGUCCCGGGCUACGUCCACUGGGGACCAGCUGGAGACACCAGCCCGCACCAUUUACCUCAACCAGCCGCAUCUCAACAAAUUUCGUGACAACCGGAUCAGUACAGCUAAGUACAGCUUGCUGACUUUUCUACCUCGGUUCUUGUACGAGCAGAUUAGAAGAGCUGCAAAUGCCUUCUUCCUCUUCAUUGCCUUAUUACAGCAAAUUCCCGAUGUAUCUCCCACAGGAAGAUACACCACCCUGGUGCCAUUGAUCAUUAUUUUAACAAUUGCAGGCAUCAAGGAGAUUGUAGAAGAUUUUAAGCGACAUAAGGCAGACAAUGCAAUCAACAAAAAGAAAACCAUAGUGUUAAGAAAUGGUAUGUGGCAUACCAUUAUGUGGAAAGAGGUGGCCGUGGGGGACAUUGUGAAGGUCGUGAAUGGGCAGUAUCUUCCGGCAGACAUGGCCCUGCUCUCCUCCAGUGAACCUCAGGCAAUGUGUUAUGUUGAAACAGCUAAUCUAGAUGGGGAGACAAACCUUAAAAUACGUCAGGGUCUGAGUCUCACUGCGGACAUGCAAACCAGGGAAGUCUUGAUGAAGUUAUCUGGGACCAUCGAAUGUGAAGGACCCAAUCGCCACCUCUAUGACUUCACUGGAAACUUGAACUUGGAUGGGGAGAGAACUGUUCCCCUUGGGCCUGACCAGAUCUUAUUAAGAGGCACACAGCUUAGAAAUACUCAGUGGGUCUUUGGCAUAGUUGUUUAUACUGGCCACGACACCAAGCUCAUGCAGAAUUCAACCAAAGCACCUCUCAAGAGAUCAAAUGUUGAAAAGGUGACCAACGUGCAGAUCCUGGUGUUGUUUGGCAUCCUCCUGGUCAUGGCCCUGGUGAGCUCAGUGGGGGCCCUGUACUGGAAUGGGUCUCACGGCGAAAAGAUCUGGUACAUCAAGAAGAUGAACACAAGCUCGGAUAACUUUGGAUACAACCUGUUGACAUUCAUCAUCUUGUACAACAAUCUUAUUCCCAUUAGUCUGUUGGUGACUCUUGAGGUUGUGAAAUACACUCAAGCCCUUUUUAUAAACUGGGACACAGACAUGUAUUACAUAGGAAAUGACACUCCUGCGAUGGCCAGAACAUCAAAUCUCAAUGAGGAACUCGGGCAGGUAAAAUAUCUGUUUUCUGAUAAAACUGGAACCCUUACAUGCAAUAUCAUGAACUUCAAGAAGUGUAGCAUUGCGGGAGUAACUUAUGGUCAUUUUCCAGAGUUGACAAGAGAGAUGAGUUCAGAUGACUUCUGCCGACUGGCUCCUCCCACUAGUGACUCGUGUGACUUUGACGAUCCUAGGCUGUUGAAGAACAUUGAGGAUCACCAUCCCACAGCGCCGUGCAUCCAGGAGUUCCUCACCCUGUUGGCCGUCUGUCACACCGUCGUGCCCGAGAAGGAUGGGAAUGACAUAAUCUACCAGGCCUCCUCCCCAGAUGAAGCCGCCCUGGUGAAAGGAGCGAGGAAGCUCGGCUUUGUCUUCGCCGGCAGAACCCCCUACUCGGUCAUCAUAGAGGCCAUGGGGCAGGAGCAGACGUUUGGAAUCCUUAAUGUCCUGGAAUUUUCUAGCGACAGGAAAAGGAUGUCUGUAAUUGUUCGAACUCCUUCAGGACAACUUCGACUCUACUGUAAAGGGGCUGAUAAUGUAAUUUUUGAGAGACUUUCAAAAGAUUCAAAAUACAUGGAGGAAACAUUAUGCCAUCUGGAAUACUUUGCCACGGAAGGUUUGCGGACUCUGUGUGUGGCCUACGCUGACCUCUCUGAGAGUGAGUAUGGGGCGUGGUUGAAAGUCUACCAGGAAGCCUGCACCAUCUUGAAAGACAGAGCUCAGCGCCUGGAAGAGUGUUACGAGAUCAUUGAAAAGAAUUUGCUGUUACUCGGAGCCACAGCCAUAGAAGAUCGCCUUCAGGCAGGUGUUCCCGAAACCAUAGCGACUCUGUUGAAGGCAGAAAUUAAAAUAUGGGUGUUGACAGGAGACAAACAGGAAACUGCAAUUAAUAUAGGGUAUUCCUGUCGAUUGGUGUCACAGAACAUGGCCCUUAUCCUACUGAAGGAAGAUUCUCUGGAUGCCACGAGAGCAGCCAUUACGCAGCACUGCACCGACCUGGGAUGUUUGCUGGGCAAGGAGAACGACGUGGCCCUCAUCAUCGACGGCCACACACUCAAGUACGCGCUCUCCUUUGAAGUCAGGAGAAGCUUCCUGGACCUGGCGCUCUCGUGCAAAGCAGUGAUAUGUUGUAGAGUGUCUCCUCUGCAGAAGUCUGAAAUCGUAGACGUGGUUAAGAAGCGGGUGAAAGCCAUCACCCUCGCCAUCGGCGACGGAGCCAAUGACGUGGGGAUGAUCCAGACGGCCCAUGUGGGCGUGGGGAUCAGCGGAAACGAGGGCAUGCAGGCCACCAACAACUCAGACUACGCCAUCGCCCAGUUUUCCUACUUAGAGAAGCUUCUGUUGGUCCACGGAGCCUGGAGCUACAACCGAGUGACCAAAUGCAUACUGUACUGCUUCUACAAGAAUGUGGUCUUAUACAUCAUCGAGCUUUGGUUCGCCUUUGUUAAUGGAUUUUCUGGGCAGAUUUUAUUUGAACGUUGGUGCAUCGGCUUGUACAAUGUGAUUUUCACCGCAUUGCCACCCUUCACCCUGGGAAUCUUCGAGAGAUCUUGCACUCAGGAGAGCAUGCUCAGGUUUCCUCAGCUCUACAAAAUUACCCAGAAUGCCGAAGGCUUCAACACGAAGGUUUUCUGGGGUCACUGCAUCAACGCCCUGGUCCACUCCCUCAUCCUCUUCUGGUUUCCCAUGAAGGCUCUGGAGCACGAUACCGCCUUGGCUAAUGGUCACGCCUCAGACUAUUUAUUUGUUGGCAAUAUUGUUUACACGUAUGUUGUUGUUACUGUUUGUUUGAAAGCCGGUUUGGAGACUACAGCUUGGACUAAAUUCAGUCAUCUGGCCGUCUGGGGAAGCAUGCUGAUCUGGCUGGCGUUUUUCGGCAUCUACUCGACCAUCUGGCCUACCAUUCCCAUUGCUCCAGAUAUGAAAGGACAGGCAGCCAUGGUACUGAGCUCGGCACACUUCUGGUUGGGAUUAAUUCUGGUGCCUACUGCAUGUUUGAUCGAAGACGUGGCGUGGAGAGCGGCCAAGCAUACCUGCAAAAAAACAUUGCUGGAGGAGGUGCAGGAGUUGGAAACUAAGUCCAGGGUGAUGGGAAAAGCGAUGCUUCGUGACAGCACUGGAAAAAGGAUGAAUGAGCGUGAUCGCUUGUUAAAAAGACUUAGUAGGAAAACUCCGCCGACUCUCUUCCGAGGCAGCUCUCUCCAGCAAGGUGUCCCACAUGGGUAUGCCUUUUCUCAAGAGGAGCAUGGGCCCGUUUCCCAGGAAGAAAUAGUCCGUGCUUACGAUACUACCAAAAAGAAAUCUAGGAAGAAAUAAGACACGCUUUUUCCUGAUUGGCAUCAGCAAAGAGAUUUGGCUCGUCACAUCCAGUGUUAACACAUCUUCAUCAAAAGAGACUGGCGUCAGCAGCCGAAACACCGGAAGACACAUUUCCGUGGCCUUAGCCAACCAGUUUGUUAGUUAUAUAUUCCCUCGCAAACCCAAAGGCUACACAGCCGGGGAAGCCAUUCCCCUACCCCUACCCCACCCCAAUCUGUCUGUAGUGCUUGGCCUGACUUUCAUUUAUGUUGUUAUGAAGAAUUCAACUGUGCUCUCUGAGGUGUGAAAUUAAAAACAUUAUGUUUCACCAA